GUAGUUAUUGGAAAAUAUGCUCUUGAAAAAGAGAUUGAUAAGCUUACACAUUUUUGGACAUUAUGUGGACUUUCUUGUCAGGAUUGUGGAUUACGCUGCCUUAAAAAUCAUGGUCAUACUGACAAUCAUGACUGCAAGACUAAUCAUGAAUGCCAUUUCUCAUGUCAAUUUGUAGAGGCACAUAGUUCUUUUAUUCCAACUUGUAGUUAUAAAGCAGGACAUGAUGGGAAACAUGCAUGUAAUAAAACCAGUCAUUUAUGUGGAAAACCUUGUAAACUUAUUGAUAAACGUAAUUGUCAAAAAAAAUGUUCUAAAGAUAUUGGACAUGAUGAUGGACUUGAAGAUGAUGAACAUAUGUGUCAAUCAAAUCGUCAUAAUUGUGGAGAGCCAUGCUCACUCUUUACGUCAACUAAAAAAGGAGAUUAUGAAUGUCCAAACAAAUGUAUUAUACCAUGUGAGGAUGAACAUGAGCAACAUCACUGUGAAAAUGAGACAUGUCCAAUUGAAUGUCCAAUCUCAGAUUGCCAGAGAAGAUGCCAAAGUAAUGAUCAUUUUCAUGCAUAUACUCAACUUGCAGUUGAUCAUUUUUGUGGUAAUGAUCAUCAAUGUAUUGAGGAUUGUGAAGAACCAGGCAUUUGUAAAAUUUUAACAGAACCAAGGAAAGAGGAAGCAACUUAUCAAGGGCUGGUUACAGAAACUUCAAUUACUUUUACCAAAUAUAUUCAACAAAGUGAAAGACUUAAAUGCAAGAAAAGAAUACCACCAAACUCCUUCAGCCAUGAAGGAAUACAUUCACAUGAUUCAAGUGCUGAAAGUAAAUUUCACUAUUGUGAUAAAAAAUGUGAAUUCUGCAAAUAUUAUUGCAAACUAGCCUAUGGACACACACAAACUUUGCACGAAACUACUCAUGGGAAUAUGGUACAGACUGUAUUCACUUCAGAGGAUGAUGAAUUUGAAUAUAAUAAUCAUAAAUUAAAAAUCGGAGAUCAAGGUUCUUUUGUUCUUUGUAAUUUUCAUUGUAAAGAAUUAGGUCGUCAUAGACAUAUUGAUUAUUGUCAAAGUGUGGAUGCAUGCAAAAAUGGACAUCAAGGACAAGGAAUAAUACAUUUAGAUGUACCAAUCAGUCCCAAUCCUGAUCAAAAAAAGGAUUUUGUAACUCAUAAAUUAUUUUGGGAAAGAACUGGCUUUAAAGAUCCAUAUUCACAACAAGACCAAGCAUUAUUUGCAAAAUGUGAUCAUGAAUGUCCAGAUGAAGAUCAUAAAAAGCAACAAAGUCCUAAUUGUCCUCCUCCAAAAUCUUAUUGUGAAUUGGAACUUUUCCAUAAACCUUUAAAUCCAUCAUCCAGUGCAUCAACUGGUAUUGGUUACAUUUCACUGGAUGGUCAUCAGUUCAGCUGUGAUAAUCCAAAUAAAAAAGAAGCAGAAUUCCAUGUUAUAUUUGCACUUGAUCGAUCAGGUUCAAUGGGUUAUUCUGAUAGCAGACCUUUAGAAAACAUUCGUUCAGACAUCCGUCAAAAAAUUGCACAAAAACACAAUAAUAGGAUAGGCGCAGUUUAUUCGUUUAUGGAUACACGUAUUAAAUCUCAACAAAAUCAAGCUCAUGGUGUUGUUAAUAAAGACACUAUUUCUUUAAUUUUAUUCGAUCACGAAGCUGAAGUAAUUGAAAAUCUGCCAUUGAAUAAUCCGGAUGCACUUUUAGACAGAAUGAUGUCGUAUCCUGCAAGAGGUGGGACUAACUUUGAUUUGGCAAUACAGAAAGCAGGAUUUUUGAUCGAUAAACAUUAUGAUCCAGCAAAAACAAAUGUUGUUAUAUUUUUGUCUGAUGGUCAGUGCGGAGCUCCAGAUUCCCGAUUAGAAACUAUUUGUAAAAAUAAUCAACAAAGAGGAUCACCAUUAUAUCUUUAUACAGUUUUAUUUAGCAGUGAUUCUUCCAGUCCAUCAUUAGAAAGAAUGGUUACUAUCGCACAAAAGUAUCUUCCAGCUAAUUCUUCAUCGAAAGCCUUGAAAUGCCAAUUCACUAAAGCUAUUAAUGAAGUAGCUUUAGCUACUCAUUUUACCGUUGUUGCAGAAAGUUUAAGAAGUCACAAACCUUCUUUGAUGAGAAAAUUAUAA